AUGGAUCGCCUUUUCGGAUACUUCGUGGCAUUCUCGUACCGGCGUUCUGUGUCCGACGUUUGCAAUCUGCGUGGAGACCUCGUGGCCGAAGCAGCGGCUGGUCGCCUGGAUACGGUUUUUGGCCGCGAGAAGGUUUGUUUGCUGGGCCCCCCCGGCGUGGGCAAAACAGCUUUGGUGGAGGAGGUAAGGGACGCGGGUAAGCCCCGCUCCCUGGUGGUUGCGGGUCAGCCCCGCACCACACGUGACCGCGGGAAGUCCCGCGUCACAGGUAGACCGCCAAGACGGCGGGUCGAGGUCGCGGCAAAGGAAAGCCGGCAGGACCGCGGGCAGGCCAGAAGGCUUGCAGCCGCUGAGGAGCGGCAGGAGCCACCAAGAAGCCACAGGGCAGCCGCUGAUCCCUCGGCUCAGGAGCGAGACCGGAUCCUCGGGACGACCGCGGCCAAGAGCCAACCAAGGAAGCCCAGGCAGACAGAGGCUGGGUACGAGAAGAUCAAGUGGAAGAAGGAGAGGCGACGAAGGAAGGAAAGGAGCCGCCUCGACCUUCGAUCGGCUUCGGGGCGCAAGAGGGACUUAGAGGAGUUCCUGACCGAGCAAUCCGCUCGCUUUGCGCAGCAGAGGACCAGGCGUCGCAAGGCCGCCCCGGCUGUGCGCAACUACGAGGAGGAGAGCAGUGAGAGCUCGGAUGGAGAUGGAAGCGGGGUUGAUUGGGACCCCCCAAGCCCCCCAGAUGGCCCAACAGGCGGGCUGGUGACUCAGGAGGCCCAGCUGUUGCAGCUGCAAGCGUCAGGAUUGGCGGCCCGGGGAAGGCAGAGCACCUUCGAUACCGACAUGCCGGGCCCAAGCCAUCCACCGGCCCCAAGGGCCGGCCUGGUAGACACCAGGCAACUCGGGAAGCCCGAGGUUUUCAAAGGGUCCACGGAGGAAAGCUUCAGUGAUUGGUCGUUCAUCUUUGAGUCUUACCUUAGCUGCAUCGACUCGAGGUACAUUGACCUGCUGGAGCAAGCAAAGUUUUCCAAGAAGAGCUUCCCAAACAGGGCUCUUUCGGAUGUGGACCGGGACCUUUCUUGCCAACUCUAUUAUAUCUUGGUGAUGCUCCUGCGCGGUAGGCCGCUUGACAUCACUUACAACACAGGCCUCGGAGAAGGUCUUGAAUCCUACCGGCGCAUCUUUGAGGAGUUCCACCCGAGGGUUGCGUCACGCUAUGUGGGCACUCUCACAACGUUGCUUUCAAGCAAGUUUGGUGAUGAUGUUGAGGGGGACUUAGCGGCCUUCGAAAAGAGCGUCCGGAGGUAUGAACAGGAGAGCGGCAAAACACUAGAUGAGGAGAUGCUUUUGGGCAUUGUGGUGAAUGGGCUAAAGGACAGCAGCCUGCAAAGCCACAUCAUCCGGAACUCAAGCCGGCUCAAAUCCUUUACGGAUGUGAAGGCGGAACUUUUGGAGAUUUCGAGGACCAACCGCGUCCUGCAGAAUCUCCCGCAGCCUAUGGACCUUGGAGCUGCACCGUGGAAAAAGGGCAAAGAGAAGGGUGGCGGGAAGAACCGCACACCUCAUGCGGCUAGCCCCGCUGAGGGCGAGGAGGAACCAGAGCCCAUGUCUGCAUCGCCUCAGGAGCCGGACCUUUGCUUUGGUGUGGUGGCGGCAACGCCCAGCACCGAGGCCAGUGAGACCGAGGUUCUUGUAGAUACGGGGGCAGGGUCUCACCUGUUUCGGAAAGGGUUUGACUCCGGUGCUUUGUUGGGUUCUCGUGUUUCGGGGCCUGGAAUGGUUACCGUUACGGGUGAGCCCUUGGCUAGCGACCAGAGGCUUAGGAGCCAGCUCGAAACCAGUGCUGGGACCUUUUCGGUAGAGUACGCCGAGUCUGAAAAGGUUAGGUUUUCGGUGCUUUCUGCUGGCCAAGCGGCCACGAAAGGCACCUGGACGGUGAUUGGCCCCGGUGUGCAGUGUAUGGUUCUAGAUAAGCAUGCGUGUAAGCUUAGGAAAGCCCUAGGAGAGACCAAAGACACGAUGCAACUCAGAAAGAAGAGAGGGGUAUUUUGGCUCCCAGUGAACGUGGUGAAAGAAAGUGAAAGGGUUGAAGACCCAGACGUGUUAGCAGCUACGAGGGCUGCUAAGAAGACGGUGCCAGCAAAGGCGCUGGCAGGUGAAGGCGAGGAGCCUGGUGAAGCGGGUGACUCCGCUCAGCCGGGCCAAAGCUCAAGUGCGGGCGGCCCCGCCGAGGCGGGGAGUUCCGCUGCGAACCCUGGUGCGGGUAACUCCGCCGGUGCAGGGAGUUCUACUGACGGCCCUGGCGCGGGUGGCCCCGCCCAGAGGCUUCCGGAGAUUGGCGACGUGCCAAUGGAAGUGUCUGAGGCCACGCGUCGGCCGAAGACAAAGAAGAUCCCGGACACGGUUAGCAAAGCCGAGUUUGACGAGCAUAUGCUUACGCAUCUGCCCAUGCGAAGCUGGUGCGAUCACUGCAUGCACGGCAAGGUGCGUGAGGAUGCGCACUCAGCUCGAGAGCCCAGCGGUCGCGCGUCGGAGGUGGCGCGCAUCUCCCUGGACUACUGUUUUCUGGGACGGGCCUUGAAGGGCCCAGUGAGCUCCGUAGAGGAGGUCAAGGUGCCUCAGGAUGAGAAGGAUGGUCUCCUUCCCAUUCUGGUGAUCGUGGACGAAAAGUCCGGUUGUGUUUUCUCUGGUGUGGUGGCUAAGGGCGUUAACCCGUAUGCCACUGGAUUGGUGACUGAAGCGCUCAAGUUCUGCGGGCGCCAAAAGGUCAUCAUGAUGAGCGAUGCUGAGCAUAGCAUCCGGGCACUUGCUGAAAGUGCCGCCAAGUCCUGGACUGGCAGCGUGCAGCACCAGACUGCACCGAAAGGUUCUCACGCAUCUAACGGCGCGGCCGAGCGAGCCAUUUUGGAGCUGGCGCGUCAGGUGCGAACUCUUGCGAGCGCGCUGGAGAAUCGCUACAAGAAGCCCCUGGAGACUGAGGGGGUUGUCUUUCCGUGGUUGGUGCGGCACGCAGGGUGGCUCAUCUCCCGUUUCUUGGUGAAGCAGGACGGGAGAACACCUUACGAAAGGCUUCGAGGCCGGGACUUCCGCGGUGAAGUUGCUGAGUGCUGCGAGGUCGUGCACUACAAGCUUGACAAAGAGAAGACUGGCAAGCUGGACAAGCAAACGUCAGUUGGAGUUUGGCUAGGCAAGUCUCUUGCCUCCGACGAGCACUUCCUGGGCACUGCUCAGGGGAUCCGUCGGUGCAGAAGCAUCUGGCGAAGGCCAGAAGAGAAGAGGUGGGAGCUGAAACACCUCGAGGGGAUGGUUGGGCUUCCCUGGCAACCGCGCGGAGAGCCAACCACCGUGCCUUCAGACAACAAGGCCCCAGCGACUCCAGGUCGCAGGCAGCCCUCGGUGUAUAUCACCUUGGAGCGUCAGAUCAAGCACGGCAAGACACCUGGAUGUCCUGGCUGUGAGUGUGAUGACGACAACCCAAAGCGGCACAACGACGAGUGCCGUAAGAGGUUCGAGAAGUUGUACCCGAGGCAACCGGUGCCAGGAACGCCUGGUACACCAGUCCCUGGGACGCCUGCGGGACCCAUGGAGACUGAAGGAGGUCAGGCCGAGAUGCCCCAGGGCACCGGCCAAGACUUGGAGUCGGGAAGCACCGAGCCGAGUCAGCCUUCAAGGCCAAGGGCCAUGGAGGGGACCUCUGAGGCUAAGUCAGGCCAGAAGCGAGAGGUUGAGGAUGCGGGUGUCCCCGCUCCUUCAAGUGACAGCGGGCAGCGCCGCGUUACUGGAAAGAGCUCACAAGGAGCGAAGAAGCAGAAGACGCCAGAAGCAAGAGGUGAAAAGCGUCCUCUUGAGGACCAGGAGUUGAUGGGGGGACUGCCCACGCUCCACGAGAAAGGCGAGUGGGAGCCUUUGUUUGCUUACCCUCUGGACGGCAGAGUGGAGGAGCUUGGUGCCUACGACGAGCGAACAGGCCAGCCCCUUCCCGUUGACAAGGUCAAGACUGCAAGAGGGCGCGAGCUGGACAAGAUGGAGGAACACUCUGUCAAGAAGGACAUCUCUUGGGAGGAGGCGCGACGCCGCUGCGUAGCCCAAGAGAUCAACGACCACGAGCGCGACGACGUUUUCAGUGGAACACCGCCGUUGCGGACGCACCGCAUGGUACUUUCAGCUGCAGCCACUGCAAAGGCUGGCAGGACCAACCGGCGCAAGCUUAUUGCCCGGUAUGAUGUUUCUGUUGCCUUCUUUCAUGCGGUGGCCACGGGCAAAAUUGCGGUCGUCCCUCCGAAAGAUCUCGAUCAAUCGAAGCUCUGGUACUUGCUCAAAGCCAUGAAUGGCACACGUGAGGCUUCGCGACAGUGGUCAAAGCGCGUGUGUGAGGUCAUGACGGAGGCAGGUUUCUGGGAGGUUCCAGGAAUCCCUGGCCUCUUCUACCACGACGAGUGGUGCGUGACCUUGAGCUGCCACGGCGACGACUUUAUCGCUGAGGGCGAAAGCGACGAUCUGGAUCGACUGGAUGCGCUGAUGAUGCAAUCCUUUGAGAGCAAGAUAUUGCCACGGAUUGGCCCUGAGGAGUUCGGAGGCCAGACCACGCAUGGUGAUCAUCUGCACCGCAUCAUUCGAUGGAGCGAGCGCGGGUUCACUUGGGAAGCUGAUCCUAAGUACUCGCGGCAGAUCGUUGAGGAGCUCGGGCUUACGGACGCUAAGAGCGCAGACGCCCCAUGUUCUACGGAGUGUGGGAAAGGCCGCAGGGAUCUCGAAGAUCCUUUGGACGCUGAGGCUGCAGCGAAGUUCCGGAGACUCGCUGGUACCGCGCUUUACCUGUCCCAGGAUCGCCCGACGAUCCAGUAUGCCUUGUCGGAGAUCACCUCUGGCAUGGCAAAGCCUACGGUUGAACACGAGCUCAAGCUCAAGCACCUAGGCCGUUACCUUCUGAAGUACCCGAAGGAAGUUUGGCACUACGAGUACCAGGAGCAGCCUGAGGAAGCUGUGGUGCUUACGGACUCGGACUGGGGAGCGUGCAAGCGCACGCGCAAGUCUAUGUCCAGCUACGCUGAGAGAUUUGGGAAGCAUCUCAUCGAUGCUUCGUGUGCCAAGCAAUCGGUGAUAGCGCUCAGCUCUGGAGAGGCUGAGUUUUACGCGUUGGUGCGAGGAGCUGCCGCCGGACUGCUGACAGCGCAGAUCUGGGAACGGAUUGGGUUUAAGGGUUUGAAGCUUACCCUGAGAACCGAUUCGAGCGCAGCGAAGGGAAUCGCGACACGCAAGGGCUCGGGCAAGGUGAAGCACUUGUCCAUGAAGGAGCUUUGGAUACAGGACUGUGUUCAGAGAAAGCAGCUUACGGUGCAGAAGGAACCUACGAAGAGUAACUGGGCCGACUUGGGCACGAAAGCUCUUUCAGGCUCAAGAGUGACAGAGCUAGUCAAGGGCAUGCCUCUCACAAGGGGCUUGGUCAUGGCGUGCCUGUUCGCGUCCUUUGGCGUGGCUACGGGGCAGCCGAAGGAGCGCCAGCUCGAGACUGAAGACGUUUCCUUCUUCAUCUACAUGCUGAUCAUCCAUAUCUUGGCGAUCCAGACCAUUUGGCGUUGGAUCAAGUUUGCGCUUGUGUGGUGGACCACGCCACGUGUUUCAACGAAGCCGGCCCCUACAGCUGGAGGCCGCGUGGACCGACGAGGUCUAGAGGCGAAUGCGGGUAGCCCCGUCUACGUCACCCGUAAGGGCAAGAAGUUUCAUAGGUCAGCUGUCCAGCUCAAGGAUUCAGCUGGCCAUG